UCCUGAAUUUCCCUCCUCUAGGUUGCAAUAAAAAUUAUUGACAAAACGCAGCUCAACCCUACAAGUUUGCAAAAGCUUUUCAGGGAAGUAAGAAUAAUGAAAUGUUUGAACCAUUCAAAUAUAGUGAAAUUAUUUGAAGUUAUUGAAACUGAAAAGACUCUCUAUUUAGUGAUGGAAUAUGCGAGUGGAGGAGAGGUAUUUGACUACUUGGUAGCUCAUGGAAGAAUGAAGGAAAAGGAGGCUAGAGCUAAAUUUAGACAGAUAGUAUCAGCAGUGCAGUACUGUCAUCAAAAGCAAAUUGUACACAGAGAUCUUAAGGCUGAAAAUCUACUAUUGGAUGCUGAUAUGAAUAUUAAAAUAGCAGAUUUUGGCUUCAGCAAUGAAUUUACAAUUGGCAAUAAACUGGACACUUUCUGUGGAAGUCCUCCAUAUGCUGCUCCAGAACUCUUCCAAGGGAAGAAAUACGAUGGGCCUGAAGUAGAUGUUUGGAGUUUAGGUGUUAUACUUUAUACAUUAGUCAGUGGUUCGUUGCCAUUUGAUGGACAGAACCUGAAGGAACUAAGGGAAAGAGUGCUCAGAGGAAAAUAUCGAAUCCCAUUUUACAUGUCCACAGACUGUGAAAACCUCCUGAAACGUUUUCUAGUGCUCAAUCCUUCUAAAAGAGGCACAUUAGAGCAAAUCAUGAAAGACCGAUGGAUUAAUGCUGGACAUGAUGAUGAUGAGCUUCGACCUUACGUGGAGCCGGAGUUGGAUAUCACAGAUUCAAAGAGAAUAGAGAUAAUGGUUGGAAUGGGUUACAGUCAUGAGGAAAUCCAGGAGUCUCUUGCAAAAAUGAAAUAUGAUGAAAUAACAGCAACAUAUUUGCUUCUGGGACGGAAGUCCAAUGAGUUGGAAGUCAGUGAUUCGAGCUCCAGCAGUAAUCUUUCAUUAGCUAAGAUCAGACCAAGCAGUGACCUCAACAAUAGCACUGGACAAUCUCCUUCCCAUCAUAAGGUCCAAAGAAGUAUUUCUGCCAAUCAGAAACAACGACGGUACAGUGAUCAUGCUGGACCCUCAAUUCCACCAGUGGUAUCUUAUGCAAAGAGAAGUCAGACUAGUACAACAGACAGUGACUUGAAGGAAGAAGGUCAAUCAAGGAAGUCAAAUACCACUGUUGUUGGAGGAAGAGGAAUUACUCCUUCUAGCCCUAAAUUGGGAAAUGCUAACAAUCCUAAUAAAGCAGAGAUUCCAGAUCGUAAAAAGAAUUCUGCUGUAACUAGUAAUAAUACGGUGUCUGGAGGAAUGACCCGGCGGAAUACAUAUGUCUGCAGUGAAAGAACAAACAUAGAUAAGCAUUCUGUAUUACAGAAUGGUAAAGAGAACAGCCUGACAGAAAUGUCUGCUUGUACAACUAGUUCUGCGUCUGCAUAUGUAUCUGCUCCUGCAUCUACAUCCGCUUCUGCUACACCUUCCACUUCUACCCGAUUGCGACAUCAGAAGUCAAUGUCCAUAUCAGGCUCAGGGUAUGCUUCCAAGAUGAUGCCUGCAAUAGACAAUGAAGCAGAUAACUUCAGCCCGAACACUGCUCCAGGGCAAAGAACUCCUGUGACUUCCACCCACAGUAUCAGCAGCGCCACUACUCCUGAUCGAAUGCGUUUCCCCAGAGGGACUGCAAGUCGUAGCACUUUCCACGGUGGCCAGCUCAGAGAGCGGCGAAAUGCCACCUACAAUGGACCGCCAGCAUCCCCAACGCUCUCUCACGAUGCCACUCCUUUGUCACAGACACGGAGCAGAGGCUCAACAAAUCUCUUUAGUAAAUUGACCUCAAAGCUCACAAGAAGAAACAUGUCUUUCAGAUUUUCCAAAAGGGUCACUAUUGACCCAUCAAAACGGCAGACUGCGAACAAAUCAGUGCCUGCAAAUACUUCACAAGGAUCAAAGACUGUUAGGUCCCAACUGAACCUGAGAGAAACGGGAGAUUUGAGGGCUCAAGUCGCAAUGUAUCUGGGGAUCAAAAAGACGAAAUCAAAGAAGCAAAACCCCGUUCACUUAGAUUUACCUGGAGUAUGAAAACAACGAGUUCCAUGGAUCCCAAUGAUAUGAUGAAGGAGAUCAGAAAAGUCCUUGAUGCAAACAAUUGUGAUUAUGAACAACGUGAGCGUUUCUUGCUCUUCUGUGUCCAUGGCGAUGGACAUGCAGAGAAUCUUGUCCAGUGGGAGAUGGAGGUUUGCAAACUGCCAAGACUGUCACUUAAUGGAGUUCGAUUUAAGCGAAUAUCAGGAACAUCCAUAGCUUUCAAAAAUAUUGCUUCCAAAAUUGCCAAUGAAUUAAGGCUGUAAAAUAUGGUUAAGCUAUAAUUUCUUAAAUAACAUUUCAUGAGUGUUUUUUUCUGAACACUGGUGGAAAUUUACUGAAGAAAAUGUAUAGGAUAAUGCUUACGCAAUAACUCUGUAACUUCAGAUCAUGGUAUUAUAAGAGAGCGGAAAUUCUCGUGGGUGGGAUGAGCGGUUGGGGGAGUGAAUACAUUUUUGUUUUAAGAAGUGCACUACAACAUUCUGAACAGUUUGCCCCUUCAUCUCAGUUACUUAAUAUGUUUGUUAUUAGCUUAGAGUCAGUAACCUGUGAAAUAAACUGAAAUUCUAUGGAAGUAUGAUCCCUGUAUUUAAGAAAAAUUGUUUAAUGAAAGAAAUUCCAGUUAAAAUCCAGUUGAAUGUGGGACAUGAAGAUACUCAUGUGCUUUAAUCCUGCAUAUCUUCCCUCCUUGGUACUGAUUCAGGUGCUUAGCUUUUCAAUGAUAAUGCAUUGUAAGAAACAAAUAAACUCAUUUUUCAUCAGCUGUGUUUAAUGAUCUUCAGACAGUUGAGGUAUACCUAGUAUUUUCAUAAAACAAUAUAUUACAUGAUGAGUAAGUUCUGCAAAUGAAAGAAAAUACCAGAUGUAUUUAGGCCUAUUAAUGAUAUUAAUUACCUGUGUUAAACCAGGAGUGCUGUGAUUUUAAAAUGAUUUGCGUUCUAUAGAUCACCGAUACUAAACCACACUUAGGGUUUCUCUACUGUAGAAAAUAUCACCAUCUAAGACUGGUUCCUUGAUCAAUUAGGACAUCAAUUAUAUAAUUAUUUUGGUUUCUUUACAACAAAGCUUAGAUCAUAAACAGUUUUGUUCUGCCAUUAUUUAGCUGUAAUUAUUGUUAAUAUUGAAAAUGAUUGGCCUCCACACAUAUUAGCUCAGUAAAAAUGUUUGAGUUUGUAAUUUAACUGUUGGGCCCCAUGGGACAAUAUUCACUUAAGUAUGCAUUUUGUUUUCCUUUCAAGCUGUCCGCAAUGUCCUUUGGAAUGUAAAUAAUGUAACUUAGUUUUGCAGACAGCAUCAUAUUGUUAUAUAAUUUGUUUUCCUUUUUUUUAAUGUUCUGUAAUGACCAGGAGUUAUGAAAUCAAUGUAAAUUGUCCGCAUUUCAGGUUCACUGAUCUCUUCAUUAAAGGAACAAAACAAAAAAUGUAUUUCUGCAAUCUCACAGAUCUCAAUUACUCAUAAAGGAUCUACACAAUUAUGUCAAUGAAUUGAGUGUAUAUAUUUAAUUCCAUAGUUUUCUUUUCACAAAAAUAGUUCCAUGGAAAAGCAUUGCUGACUACCCUACUAUCAAGAAAAACAGCAUAUCGGAAAAGGUGCAAAACCAAGUUUGUGAAACGAAAGCUCCAAUCUUUUUUGCAAUUUUAUCACUCAUUUUGGAAAUCCUUGUAUACUAUAAAAUAAACAUUUCUGAACAUCAAA